AUGAAGGUCGAAGAAUUGAAAGAAAUUUGUAGAUCCAAUGGGUGGAACCCAAAUCAAACUAAACCAAAUCUAAUUGAUGAAAUUAUGAGUCGUGGAGAAAAAAGCGAACAUGGUUGGACAGAUUUAAAUUUUUCCUCUGAAAAAAUCACUGAACCCGAUUUUAGUGGUAAUUGCACUAAAAAUCUGAAGGCAUCAACUCCGUAUGAAAUCUUUACACUAUUCUUUGAUCGGACUAUUAUUACACACAUAACAGCAGAAACCAACAGAUACAUGGAUCAAAUGGGUAAAAAUGUUGAGUUUAAACAACAUUUCCAAUCAGAAUGUACAUAUGAAAUCAUUAUGGGAUUUAUUGGUGUCUUGCUAUGGAUGGGAAUCUGCAAAUUACCAUCUUUUUCUGAUUAUUGGUGUGAAAAUGGUGAAGGAUACGAUCCAGUUCGAAGUAUAAUGUCUAGAAAUCAAUUUACCAGCAUUUUUUCAACUAUUCAUUUGUCAAAUAACAAUCAAAAGGAUCCUAAUGAUAUUUUUUAUAAAAUUAGACCUUUGAUUAAACACUUGGAAAGCAAAUUCAAAUAUUAUUGGAGUCCAACAACCAUUAUAUCAAUCGAUGAAGAUAUGAUCGGUAGUCGUCACAAUCAUCCUUCCAUUCAAUAUAUGCCUGCUAAACCUACUAAAUGGGGCUUCAAGGUGUUCAAGAAAGCUGAUAGUAAAGGUUACCUCUAUUCCUUUAUGAUCUACCAAGGUAAAGCAGGUAAAGAUACAUCUCGUACAUCUUCUGAAAGAGGAUUAGUCCAAGAUGUGAUCCUAUAUCUUCUCAAAGAUUUACCUAAAGAUCAGAAAUAUCACGUUUAUAUGGACAACUACUACAGUAGCAUAGAUAUUUUUUCAGAUUUAUACGAAAAGAAACAAUACUAUGCAACUGGUACAAUCAAGAAUACGGCAGCCGGACUACCAUAUAGUCUAAGACAUAGCUCUGAAAAUAGUGAGGUAGACUAUGUUUCCAAGUGCUUAGAUAAAAAGAUGAUGCUCUGGAGAAUUAAUGAUAGUAAAAGUUUCAAUCUCCUUUCAACAUUCUCAACAAAUGGCGAACAUUUUAAAGAUGUGAAAUAUGUAAAUAGUGGAACAAUAACUAAGGAAUAUCCUCAAGAGUUGAGCCUUUAUCGAUCUAACAUGGGACAUGUCGACAGAAACAACAAAAAUAUUGGUCAAUACCAGUAUUCUUUGAAAUCUCGUAGAUGGUGGUUAAAUAUCUUUAAAUACUUUCUUUACGCUUCCAUUGUCAAUGCAUGGAUUAUUUACAAUGAAUGGCAUCAGAUAUCACUUCUAGAGUUCAUUCGUGAUAUUUCUCGUCAUAUUUCCAGACACUAUAGCCUUCGUAUCAUACCAAUCACCUCCACCACAUCUUCUUCAUCCACCUCAAAAAAAGAACUCUUUCCAAACAAUCACACAAAAAGACAUGCAAUUGUGUUCCAAAAUGCAAAUUAA